AUGCCCGACGUCUCAGAAAUCAGAAACGAAUUGGAUGUUUCCAGCUUGGAAAAGUAUUUGACAAACUUGCCUCAAGAUAUCAUCAAAGGUGUAUCAAUACCACAGUUCCAGUCUCCUUUCGAAGUUUCUCAGUUUCGGUAUGGCCAGUCCAAUCCCACUUAUCUUGUCGUGGAUGCUUCUGGUGCCCACUACGUUCUCCGCAGAAAGCCAAGUGCCAACUCUAAAUUAGCCCUGAAGACUGCCCAUGCCAUUGAAAGAGAGUUCUAUAUUCUUCUUGGAAUCUCUAAGAGCAAUGAGAAUGCAGACUCUGAGAAGGCCGUACCUGUGCCAAAGGUACAUUUACUUUGUGAGGACGAGUCGGUGGUGGGAGCAGUAUUCUACAUGAUGGAGUAUGUCGAUGGAAGACUGAUUAAACGUCCGGACCUAUAUGGUGUGGAAGCAAAAGAACACGAGGCCCUCUGGAAGGAUGUCAUGCGUACCAUCAGUGCCAUACACUCGGUUGACGUGCACGAAUUGGUGAAGCAUCUUCCGGCAAAGCAUUUUCCUCAAUUCCAGCCAGACAGACUUGCGAAGAUCAAGAACGGACCCUCGUACUUCCAGAGACAAAUUAAAACACUCUCGGCCGUGGCUGCCACUCAGGCAAAAGUAGUGAAACCUAUUCCAGACAUGGAAGCUAUUUGCAAGUGGACGUUGCAGCAUGCACCACAAGAUCCAGACGAAUUGACGUUGGUUCACGGGGAUUGUAAGAUCGACAAUUUUCUCUUCCAUCCCACUGAGCCUCGGGUGGUAGCAGUGUUGGACUGGGAGCUCUGUACAUUUGGCCAUCCCAUGUUUGACUUGGCCAACUUCUUCCAGCCGUACAUCCUUCCCGUUCAAUUUAAUACUAUAAUGUUCCAGCCUGACCCCGUCACCAUUGGCAAGGAGGACCCACAACUGAGUUCCACGGUAAAGGAUUUGUUGUAUUUGUACCAGAAGACACUUGGUCACCAAUGGAGAGACAACGAUCCAAAAAACAAUCCUAUUGACUUGUGGGUGGUGGGUUCAGUGUUCGGACUUUUAAGACUCGCUGUCAUUUCGCAGGGAAUAGCCAUGAGAGUCGCCAAGGGAACUGCCAGUUCGGGGUCUGCCGCCCUUUUUGCCGAGCUUUACUUCCCAUUGAGUGAGUUGGCAGUAGAGAUGAUUUCUCCGGGUGAGAAACUAUAG